ACAGUGGCUAUCAAGAAAAGGUCCAGAGUUCCUGGGGUUAUGAUUAUUCAGUACUUUGAAGAACUCCCUGAAGGACAAACAACCCCUGACUUCAUCCGGAAGCCAGUAGCAGCAACUGUUCAAGAGGGUAAAAAGGCUUUUUUCAAAGCCAAGGUUAAGGGGAUACCAUUUCCAACUGUCACAUGGGGGCGCAAUAAAGGGGAAGUCAAUGACCCAGAAAAGUACGUGACCAGAUAUGAUGACAGAGAGCAAGAACACUUUCUUGAGAUACCCAAUAUAGACCCAGAGCAAGCUGACACCUACAGAUGCUUUGCCACCAAUGAGUAUGGACAGGCUCUUUGUUCUGUGACACUCAAAGUUAUAGAAGCUGGCUUCAAGAAGAAAAGACCAGUAGGUAUGAAUGUUCAAGAACCGCUGGAUUUUAGAGCAGUGCUUAAGACACAUGUUGUUAUUAAAAGAAAAAGACAACUUCCACCGAGGGUAGAUGGAGAGAUGGAUCCUAAAAUUUGGGAACUGCUUCUCAGUGCACCGAGAAAGGACUACGAAAAAAUCUGUUUAGACUAUGGUAUCACUGACUUUCGUUUUAUGCUGAAAAGACUGAAGCAAAUGCAAAAGGAAAAGGCAGAUGAACAAGCAAAGGUGUUAGAGAAACUAGAAAAUGUCAAACAAAUUGAAGUGAAACCUGAUGGGAAAGCUGAAUUUAGCCUGGACAUGACUUUACUGGAUCCAGACAGUACAAUUAAUUUAUACAAGGAUGGCGUAAUGGUCCCAUAUGGUGAUGAUGAAAAUUCAAAGCAUAGCCUAAAGAAAACUGGGACUAGUUAUGUUUUCAGCAUCAACGAUCCUCAGCCAGAGGAUGCUGGAUUUUACCAGGUUGAUGUUGAAGAGUCAAAUGUUCUUGCAACUGACUUUCAAGUGCCUGAUGUGGAGUUUAUAGCCAAGAUUAAGGAUGUGAAGGUCUACGAAAGCGAGGAUGCACUCUUCCAGUGUGUCUUGACAACACCUCUCAACAGAAUUACUUGGUCAACACCCGACUCCUCACUUGAAGAUGGGGACAAAUAUGAGAUCACUGCCUCAGAAGACAAACUAAUUCAUACCUUAAAGGUUAAAAAUUGUGAAAUGUCAGAUAAUAAAGAGUAUUAUGCCAUCGCUGGCAUCAUCUCCAGCAAGGCCACUCUCACUGUGGAAGUGGAUCCGGACGGUAGUAAAAACCGCAAGGGCGCCCAAAGUGGGGAUCAGGAUGAUCUGAACAAACUGGCUUUGGAACAGCAGGCCAAGCUACAAAAGGAGAAAGAUGACCUGGAGGCAGCUAGACGAGCACAAGCUGAAAAGGACGCUGCAGAUGCAGCAGCUAGACGAGCACAAGCUGAAAAGGACGCUGCAGAUGCAGCAGCUAGAGCUGCAGCAGCUAGAGCUGCAUUGGGGGACGGAAGAGAUGGUUCUGGUGAUGGUUCUGGUAUUGGUUCUGGUAUUGGUUCUGGUGAUGGUUCUGGCGAUGGUUCUCGCUUUGGUUCUGGUUUUGGUUCGGGUGAUGGUUCGGGUGAUGGUUCGGGUGAUGGUUCUGGUGGCAGGAGGGAUGGAGACGAGGGUGAUGGAAAAGACAAGAACCUCCUAACAGAUGGAGAUGAUGACGGGGAUGAUGCGGAUAAGAAGAAAAAGAGACGAGCAGGAGAAGGCUCAUUGGUUCCUGACACUGUUUUUGCUGCCUCGCAAGAUCCCAGUGUUCAGUUCAUAAGUGGGCUGUCAGACAUUGGUGCUAAUGUUGGUGAACGGGCAGAGAUGUCUUGCAAACUAAACAGUGACAAAUCUGAGGGGCGUUGGUUUAAAGAUGGGAAACCGCUCACCAAUGAUGAUGGGGUAAUGCUUAUUAAAGAUGGCGCAUGUCACAAGUUGGUAAUUGAUAGCUGUAAAAAAGACGAUACAGGUGUGUACCGCUUUGAAGCUGAAGGACGUAAAUCAGAAGCAACACUGAACAUUCAAGACCCUCCAAAAAUCGACCUUGAUGCUGUAGCAAAAUUCUCAAAGCCAGUCAUUGUAAAGGCAGGUGAAAAUGCUGAAUGGAAAUUGCCAAUCUCAGGUGGAAAACCAAUGAAGGUACAAUGGUACAAGGACGAUGACGAACUUCUACCUGGCCUCAAUGUGAAAAUUGACACAUCAGAUACUGAGGCUCAGCUACACCUUCUUAAGUGCCAGAGGAAAGAUACUGGAGAGGUCAAAAUCAAAAUUAAAAAUGAGUUUGGUACAACAGAAGCAGUUUCUAAACUUAUUGUUAUAGACAAACCCACACCACCACAGGGACCUGUGGAUAUUACAGAAAGUGCUCUAACAUCUGUUGAGUUCAAAUGGAAACCGCCAAAAGAUGAUGGUGGAUCCCCAGUCACAAACUAUGCCAUACAGCGCCAACAAGUGGGGCGAAAUAAAUGGGCAAAUCUCAGUGACGUCCCUGCCAGCGACCCUAUUUACAGAGAUUCAGAUGUGGACCCUGGAAGGAGAUACAGCUACCGGAUCAGGGCCAAGAACACAGAAGGCAUCAGUGAUUGCCUGCAGACAACAGACAUACCAGCUGGUGUAUUACGUUAUCCUGGUAGCCCAAUGGGACUUAAAGUCCUCAGUUCCUUUAAAGACCGCAUCAACUUGACUUGGUGUCCGCCGUCCGACACCGGAGGAACCAAGUUAGUGGGAUACAAUUUGGAAAAGAACAAGAAAGGCACUAAUUACUGGAGCCUUGUGAACCAAGAAGGGCCUAUCCCACAUAAUAAGCAUGCAGUGAAAGAUAUCAUUGAGGGAGCAGCAUAUGUGUUUAGGGUUGCUGCUAUCAACCUAUCUGGUCCUGGAGAUCCUUGUAUUCCAUGUGACGCAGUAAUUGCAAGGGAUCCAAUGAAACCCCCAGGCAAAGUCACAGACCUGAAAUUAACAUCAUCCAAUUACACUACAUUUUCGCUGGCUUGGACUAAACCUAAGGAAAUAAAAGGGGAAGAGGAUGAAGCCCACGGGUACUAUGUGGAGAUCAGACCAAUAGAAAGCAUUGAAUGGACCCGUUGUAAUGCCAUCCCAAUUACUCUGACUUCCCACACUGUGAUUGGCUUGAAGGCAAUGGCCACAUACUGGGUGAGAGUAAUUGCUACCAAUUAUGGAGGUGAUGGAGAACCUCAGAGCCUUGACAAUUACAUCAUUGCCAUGCCUCCACCUGUGAGGCCACAGUUUAACAAUCGCAAAAUGAAGACCUUUGUGGUGGUGAGAUCAGGAAACACUAUUCGUCUCAAUAUCAACUUUGAGGCCUCCCCCUUGCCAGAUAUCACUUGGUUAAAAGAUGGUUUUCCAGUGGCCAAACAUGUAACAAUUAGCAACUUUGAUAAAGGUUCUCAACUCUUGAUCCCCACAUCUGAGUGGUCUGACACUGGCAUCUACACCAUUACUGUCAGGAACCUUGUCGGCCAGGAGAGCUUCAACAUUGAAAUCAGAGUUACAGAUGAUCCAAGGCCUCCAGGACCAGUGCAGCUGGAUGAAAACACCCCAGGAACAGUCACUCUGUCCUGGGCCCCCUCUCCAGACGAGAAGAGGGAUGACAGACUACAUUAUGUCGUAUCCAAGCGUGACUCCUUCAAACGCACUUGGAGGACAGUGCACGACAACCUCUUUAACAAUAAGUUCACAGUUGUCAACAUUUUGCCUGGACGGGAGUAUUACUUCAGGGUAUUUGCUAAAAAUGACAUAGGACUUUCGCCACCAUCUAAGUCCUCUGCAUUUGAAAUCAAAAAGGAAAAAGGACACUUCAAAGUGAAUGUACCAGACAUAAAGUCUUUGGACUUCAAGUCACCUCCAUCAUUUAUUAUUCCUCUGAAGAGGCGCACAGCUCCAGAAGGUUACGAGUGCUACAUGACCUGUGCAGUUAAGGGUGAUCCAACUCCACAUGUGACAUGGUACCGCAACAAUAUCAGCCUGAACACAGACACCAACUACCACAUCACCAAUGUAUGUGGUGUCUGCUCCUUGCGCAUACUAAGGGUGGGACCCCACGAUGACGGGGAAUACAAAGUCGUCGUAGAGAACCAACUGGGGACAGCUGAGUCCUCGAUGAUACUGAAUAUCAGAGGGUGA